AUGGAGGACCAGGCAGCGAGCCUUUUGGCUACGCUGAAGAAGCCUUCGGCUCCGGUCGACCGCAAAUUGACGCAAUUCAACACCCUCAAGAGCAGCAUCAAGCAUGAGCGCGUACCCCAGGAGUGCACGCCGACCAUCUUCGAAUGCGUGCGCCUUGCCAUCGCCGCGCAAACCUCGACCACCCUCGUGUCCACCGGCUUCUCGACCCUCGGACACAUCAUCAAACGCCUGAGUCUGCAGAGCCAGACCCAGAUCGUCGCCCAGCAGUCCGACCAGCUGCUGCCCAUCCUCCUUGACAGGCUGGGCGAUGCGCGCGAAAGCCAACGCAAUGCCGCCUCGCAGGCGCUGUCUGACAUCUGGCCCUACAACCACGCCGGCGUCGAGAGCAUAGUCCGCGAGGGCGCCCUGGGCGGCACCAACUCGCGCGCAAAGGAAAUCGCCAUGCAAUGGGUCGUCAAGAUGCACGCUAGCGACAACCUUCCGUUCAAGAGCUUCGUCCCGUACCUGGUGGCAAACCUGGAAGAUCCCGACGGCAUGGUCAGAGAGUCUGCGAAAUCAGCCGUUGUGGAAUUGUUCAGGAACGCGCCGGAUCACGCGAAGAACGACCUCAAGAAAAAAAUGAGCACGCACAACGUGCGGAAGACGAUCACAAACUACAUCGUAUCCCACCUUGGCCUUCCCGGAGCUACCGCUGAAGUGGAAACCAAGCCAUCUAUGGUAUCCAUCCCCACCCUGCCCAUUCUGCCGUCGGAGGCUAGGAUGGCCGACAGUGUAGCGCCCGAGUCGCGCCCGCCACCCACUGAGACGAUUUCCAUGGAGCCCCUGUACGUGUACAGCCACAGGGAGCUGGACGACAUGUUCAGGGACAUGCACCAGCAUUUCGAGGGGAGGGAGUCGGAACACAACUGGCUCCCCAGAGAAAAGGCCGUCUUGAAGAUUCGUCGGAUGCUCAAGGGAAACGCGCCAACAGAGCACGAGUCCGUAUUCGUCGCCGGAGUUUUGAGCUUGCGAGACGGUAUUCUGAAAGUCUGCAACUCGCUGAGAACGACUCACGCCAGCAACGGAUGCCAGCUGGUGCAGGAGCUCGCGCGGGCCAUGGGCCCCGCUAUUGAUCCCAUGGUGGAGAUCAUGCUGCAAAACUUUAUCAAGAUGUGCGCCAAUACCAAGAACAUUGCUGCGCAAAAUGGCAAUGCGACGGUGGAUACCAUCUUCGCGCAUGCUACAUACACGAACAGAAUGAUGCAGCACGUUGCGUUUGCUUGUACGGACAAGAACGUCCAGCCGCGCCAGUUCUCAGCGGGUUGGUUAAAGACACUGCUCCAGAAGAACCUUUCUCACAAGGCUCACUUCGAGCAUGCUGGAGGUCUGGACUCUGCGAUCACCAGCAUGAAGAAGGGUCUUGUGGAUGCCAACCCGAAAGUCCGUGAGAACUACAGGGCAACUUACUGGGCUUUCUUCAAAUGGUGGCCUGAUAGGGCUGAAGCUAUUAUGGAGACGCUGGAUGCGAAGGCGCAAUCACUACUCCAAAAGGAUCCGAACAAUCCCAAUGCCACGGCAGCUCCAGCUAGCAGCAAGGGUCCAGUCUCGAAGCUCAAACCGCAAUCAUCUCGCUCAUCUUUGAAGGACACAAUCGCUGCGCAGAGGAAAGCUGCUCUCGCGGCGAAGAAGAUGCCUGAGCGUCCAAGCUCUGCGCAAGCUAACCUUUCCCCGGUCAAGCCUUCCGCUGCAGACCGCCCCGCUGGUUCUCUCUCGAAGUCUGUGCACGGACGGCCGCCCUCUGCGUUAUCAACCUCUAGGAAUGCCACGGGCGAGAAGACAUCCUCCGCCAGCGGAGGUGGUGGCCUGAUGUCAAAGCCUGUUCGCCGGCCUCGCAUGGUACCUCGCCCCCAGACCGCAGACCCGUACGCGUCCAGGAACAGGAACAUCGAGCGUGCAGAGACCCCGUCCAUGAGUCCAGUUGGUAGCCCAGACAGGGGCACGACCAAGAAGGCCAGCACUUUGAAGGGUAGGCCCCGCGCGCCAUCUAACAAGAACAGCCCCGUCGUCAGCCCGCCGAGACCGAAGUCUCGUUUGGAGGCUAUGCACCGAAAGUCUCCAAGCCUGGGUAGUGUGACUGCGAGCCCGUCGAAGGCAGAGGAUCUUACAAUGGUUAUGCCGUUUAGGCAACGUCCUUCGCUAGACCACGCCAUGACCUCGGACGGUAGACUUGGCCAAUACGAUGAUGAUAGCUUCACGAUGGUAAUCCCUAAAGUUAAUUUCUCUCGAUCUGAAAACCAAAGAUUCUCCCCACAUGCGACCCCAUCCAAGAUCCCUUCACCACGGCCACUUUCCUUGUCCGCCAGCCUUGGUGUCAGCUCUCCAGAACUCCGCGCAUUAACGCAGAACAAGAACCAGAAGUCGAAGUCGCCUGAGCGCGCAAUCAAUGACGCUAUCUCGACUGAAGAGGUCAAGGUCUACGAGGAUCCUCUGGCUAGCGAAUCUCAAAGACCAUCCACCGACGAGAAGCCAGUUCUGGAGGAACUACCCGUCAAUGAGCAGAACCGUGAUCGCCGUGUGAGCAGUGGAACCCCCGAAGGCGAGCAAACGGAGGAAGGCCAGAAGUCGAACGGAACCGAAGAGGUUGUUCAGGACAGGGCAGAGGUCCUCCGUACUCGCCGACUGCUGGCCAGUGGUAUUGAGCGUAUUCGAGCCAAGACACUUGAUGCACAUGGAUUCCGUCGUCUCCAGGAUGUCGUGAAGGGAGACCUUGACAUUUGGGGCGAGCAGGACCAGCGUUUCGGAGAGCUCCUGAUGGCCCUGCUAGAAUACCUGGAAGCACCAGUGGACACGAAGACUCCGAACAUCAAGGCCCAGAACCUGAAGACCCAAGUUCUCGGCACUAUCCGGGCCAUGCUCGUCCUUCACCGCAAGAAGUCCGGGCCGUACUACGCCCGUGCUCUCUGCUCCGUCCUGGCUUCCCGUUCUCAGUGGGACACCGCCAGCCAUAUCACCACUGAUAUCGAAAAGACAGCCGAGGAAAUCGUCAAGAACGGCCAGUCUUCUGACCUGAUCACCGGUAUCCUUGAAUUCCUCGAUUCCGCCAACACCCCUACAUCCCCCGCCUCUGCCGUGUCUUCAGACCAGAGCCGCCCGGCCUCCGCUUCUCCCUCCCCACGUACCGUCACCCUCGCUCUCCAGACCCUUUCUAGCCUGUUGCAGUUGUCUGCCGCCAAGGACGUACCGGUUUCUGAGACGCAGGCGCAACAGCUGGGACGUCUGGCCGUGAAGUUCCUGGGCAGCCUCGACCCCGACGUGCGCAGGGCCGACAUGGACUUCUGCGUGCAGCUGCACGAGCGCCUCGGUGGCGAGCAGGGCGGCGGGUUCUGGCAGGCCGUGAGCGGCGCCGACAAGGGCCAUCUGAACCUGAUCACGUACUAUCUCGCCAGGCGUAGCAAGGCAUAA